UUUCCAAAUAGCUCACACUUUGUUGGAUAGUGACCCUAGCAUAUUUCUCGCCUGUGUGUGGGAAGAUUUUCCAUUUCUUGCUCUGCUUUGCUUCCUUCAUUCUGCAACUUCACCAGAAUUCAUUGAAUCUCGCAAAGAAAGCGAAAUUGAACUAGUAUUAGAAACAGCAAAACAAACAUAAAGAGAGACGUCGAAAGAUUCAUCGUUCUUGGUCGUGAGAAUCGCGAUCAACAAUGGCGUAUAGGAGGCCUUUGCAGCUUCAAUAUGUGUUGAGCAGAGUUGGUUUCAAUGGCGCCAGGUCUCUCAGUGCUGUUCCUCAAGGCAAAUCCCCUUCUUCUUCUUCAUCCUCAUCUUCUCAGGACCUCAUCAACUCCGAGUACGAGUACAGUGCGCACAAUUAUCACCCAAUUCCUGUAGUCUUCUCUCAAGCGAAGGGAUCAUCUAUAUGGGAUCCAGAGGGCAACAGAUAUCUAGACUUUCUCUCUGCUUACUCUGCAGUUAACCAGGGACAUUGUCAUCCAAGGAUCAUGAAAGCAUUACAAGAACAAGCAGAAAGGCUCACUCUUAGCUCUCGAGCAUUCUAUAAUGAUAGAUUUCCAAUUUUUGCUAAGCGUCUAACAGAUAUGUUUGGAUAUGACAUGGUGCUGCCUAUGAACACCGGAGCUGAAGGUGUGGAAACAGCUCUGAAGUUGGCUAGGAAAUGGGGUUAUGAGACAAAGAAGAUUCCAAAAGAUGAGGCUAUCAUUGUAUCAUGCUGUGGAUGCUUCCAUGGUCGUACAUUGGCUGUCAUCUCGAUGAGCUGUGACAACGAGGCAACCCGAGGUUUUGGACCUUUGUUGCCUGGCCAUCUUAAAGUUGAUUUUGGUGAUUCAGCAGCCCUUGAGAAAAUUUUUAAAGAAAGUGGAGAUCGAAUAGCUGGAUUUUUAUUCGAACCCAUACAAGGAGAGGCCGGGGUUAUAAUUCCUCCUGACGGCUAUUUAAAAUCUGUCAGAAAUCUAUGCUCAAAAUACAAUGUCUUAAUGAUUGCUGAUGAAAUUCAAUCUGGCUUAGCACGAUCAGGAAAGUUGUUGGCUUGUGAUUGGGAAGAAGUUCGCCCAGACGUCGUGAUACUAGGAAAGGCAUUGGGUGGAGGAGUGAUACCUGUCAGCGCAGUUCUUGCAGACAAAGAUGUAAUGCUCUGUAUCCGCCCUGGAGAGCACGGAAGUACCUUUGGUGGGAAUCCAUUGGCGAGUGCAGUUGCCAUUGCAUCACUAGAUGUAAUCAGAGAUGAGAAACUUGCUCACCGAUCUGCACAAAUAGGACUGGAACUUGAGAAUCAGCUACUAAAGAUUCAACAACAAUUUCCUGACUACAUAAAGGAAGUUCGAGGAAGAGGCUUGUUCAGUGCCGUGGAGCUCAAUAGUAAAAACUUGUUCCCCAUUUCUGCCUAUGAUAUCUGUCUCAAGUUGAAGGAAAGAGGAGUUCUUGCCAAGCCCACACAUGAUACUAUUAUCAGAUUAACUCCUCCAUUAUCGAUGAGUUUGGAUGAGCUCCAAGAAGGCUUAAAUGCACUUCGUGAGGUUCUAGAACUCGAUUUACCAGAGUUGCAAAAGACUAAGCCAAAAGAUAUCCCUCCAUCUGCUUCUGACACGUGUGACCGUUGUGGGAGAAACUUGUAUGCUUCUACAGACAAAGAUGUCUAAGUGGCAUGGGAAUUUUCAUUUCUAUAUAAAGACAAUUACACAGUAUUUUUUUAGGUUUUUCUCUUGCCAAUAAUAUGGGAAUUCAAUCCUCAUGAGUAGCUUUUCAUU